UUGAUGGUCAAUGUCAUAUUCCGAUAUUUCUCAGAGGUUGUCUCUGAUAUUUCUUGUUUACAAAAGUUUCAAAAAAGUUGAGAGAAUAUGCCAAAGACCGAAGAUUUUCCGGCACUAACUACAGAAUUAGCCAUUGAAAUUCUUAAUAGAACUUUAGAAACACUUCAAACUCCAGAAAAUACCCAAAAACUUGAUGAGGCCAGAGAUAAUGUUGGAAAUGAAAUGUUGAAAAUGAUGCAGUUCUUAUUUCCCAUAGUGAUGCAAAUUCAGAUGGACGUCAUCACAGAAUUUGGAUUCCCUGAAGGCAGAGAAGGCAUUGUGAAGUUUGCUCAGAUGUUGAGAAGUUUAGAAGUGGAAAAUUCAGAAGUUGCCCAAUUACACAGUAUUGUUCGAUCAUAUUAUUUACCCUCAGUUGCUGUAAAUGCAUCCCCACCCGAAGAAAGAUUGAAUAGUAGUUAGCAUAUCCCCAGGAUAGAAGUAUUUUAUUUAUAAAUACAUAUAUAAUUUUAGUAAUUUCGCUUUUAAAACUAAUUUUGUGUUGAAAAAUGUACUUCCAUAAUAUAUACAAUUUCAUU